CCUUGAUGCCCAUUCGUUAGCCUCCCUAGCCAAAUCUUAUUCCUUUAAUCUCUUGUUCUGUAGCUUCCUGAUUUGGAUAAAACUUCAUCUCUUCUUUCCCUUUGAAGAAACGAAGUUUCUAUAACUUUUUGCGUAUUUUUCCCAGAGAAAGUUAUAAUCUUUCAACUUCUGAGCUCACAUUUGGUGAUUCUCAGGGGGGGGGGGGUUCUUUUCUCGAAAGUCUUGAGCUUUUUUUUUAUUUUUAUUUUUACUUAAAGCAGGAGUUACACAACAAAAAGUAGAAGACUUUAUCAUCUUGUCAGGUCCGUUUCUAUUCAUCUGUCCUUUGGUAAUAAUAACUGCUUUCUGUUUUGUGUCUCUGAUAGUCUUCUUUCUUCAAACUCUUUCCUUCUGCAUUCUGAAUCUAGCUCUUCGUUUCUCUCCCUUCUGUGUAUUUUCUCAGACCUGAUUUGCUUCCUCUGUGCAAGUUUCAUGCUUCGUCGGUGCCUCGUGUUGCAUUACUUGAAUUGUGUAAGAAACCCAUUUUGAUCCAAGGAAUCAUGAACAGUCAUAGGCUUGUGUCAACGGCACAAGAGGAAUGCAACAAAGGAAUUCAAAAAGCUUGCUCGUCCUCUCUCUCUCCGGCCUACAACUUUCUGAAUGUCCAGCCAGAAACCACCAGAAAAUCUCCUUUCAUACGGUCACAACCUCCAGAUUGGCCAAAGAAUAGUACGUUUUCACGGUCUUCCACCUUCUGCACCAACCUCUACUCCUCAUCCUCUUCAGCCAAUGAGACUAAGAAACAUUUGGGAAACAGUCUUCCUUUCCUCCCUGAUCCCUCUGCUUCUGCUUCUGGUGUGGAGUCUGCAAGAUCUCCAUCUGUCUUCAGCGAGGAUUUGGGCAAUCCGUUUGAUGGAGACAACAACUCCUCGCUUGUCAAAGAUUUCUUUAAUCUCUCCGCGGAAGCUUGUUCCAAUGGAGGUUAUCAUGAUCUGGACUGUUCCAACGACAGCUUAUCAGAUCAACUGGAGCUGCAGUUCCUGUCUGAUGAACUUGAGCUGGCCAUCACAGACCGAGCUGAAACUCCAAGGCUUGAUGAGAUCUAUGAAAACCCAUUGGCUUCGCCAAUUCCAGUGACUGUACUGAGUCCAAGCCAAAGAUGCGAUGCUGGAGCAAUGUCCAUUGACCCAGUUUCACCUCACCCUUCUCCACGAUCAGCAGCAGCAGCCAAUCAAAAGCCGAGAAUGAGAUGGACCCCUGAGCUCCACGAGAGUUUUUUGAACUCGGUGAACAAACUUGAAGGGCCUGAAAAGGCCACACCAAAGGCUGUUCUGAAGCUUAUGAAUGUUGAGGGCUUGACGAUCUACCAUGUAAAAAGCCACUUGCAGAAGUAUAGACUAGCAAAGUAUAUGCCAGAGAAAAAAGAAGCGAAAAAGAAUGUUAAUUCAGAGGAGAAGAAACUCGCUUUGAGCAACAGUGAAGCUGAUGAGAAGAAGAAAGGGGCAAUACAAUUAACUGAAGCUCUCCGUAUGCAGAUGGAAGUUCAAAAGCAACUGCAUGAACAACUCGAGGUGCAACGUGUGCUUCAGCUACGAAUAGAAGAGCAUGCUAAAUACUUGGAAAAGAUGCUUGAAGAACAACGCAAAGCCGGAAGGCUAUUUUCUUCUUCUUCUUCUUCUCAGACUUUGUUAUCACCUAGUGAUGACGAGACUAGACCAGACUCUCAAAACAUGUCCAAGACCGAAGCAUCUCUGCCUCAGCCUUCAUCAUCUGCAAAGCACAUAGCUUCUGAAACCGAAGACGAUCAAUGUGAGUCCCCUCAGAAACGUCGCAGGCUUGAGAACAGUACUGAACCUCAAGAUUCUGAGAGGUAGCAGGCUUCUUCAAGUAUGUGUAUAUAUGGUCUGCUUUUUGCGUUGUUUGGUAGAGAGGAUGUUGGUGGUGGUCACUCAAAAGUAGAUGUUUGUAAUGUAGAUCUUUGUCGGACGCGUGUAAACUUAUUUAAGUAUCUUUGAGGUUGUUCCCUUCGA